UCUCUCAGUAAGUAGAGAGGCCCACACUAGAAUCUCACGGCGACUCAUCACUUCCAUGGACGCCUCUCUUCUCUCCGCCGAUACCUUCAACGGCAAUGCGGGGGAGCAGAUUGCUCCUCCGCUGCAACCACCAGGCACGGAUAUGACCGGUAUAUGUUUCAGGGAUCAGCUCUGGAUCAACUCGUACCCUCUAGACCGUAACUACGUCUUCGACUACUUCGCCUUGUCUCCCUUCUACGAUAUCACCUGCAACAACGAGAUUCUUCGUCGUAGAUCCGUUCACCCUCUCGAUCACUCUCAGCUCUCGAAGAUGACAGGAUUAGAGUAUGUGAUCAGUGAUGCUACUGAGCCAAACUUUUUCGUGUUUCGUAAGCAGAAGAGAGAUGGUCCUGAGAAAGUCACACCGAUGCUGACGUAUUAUAUCUUGGACGGUACUAUAUACCAAGCUCCUCAGCUUUGUACUGUCUUUGCAGCUCGUGUUGGUCGGGCUGUUUUUAAUAUAUCCAACGCUUUCUCGGUUGCUGCAUCCAAGUUGGAGACCAUUAGGCAGGUUGAUGCUAAAAGCCAGAACGAACCUUCUGAGUCAAAGCCUGCUAGUGAGACGGUUGAUCUUAAGGAAGUGAAGCGGGUCGAUUUGAUUCUUAAGUCUUUAUAUAGCAAGCUACCCCCAGCACCUCCACCACCACCCUUCCCUGAAGGCUAUGUUAGCCAGGAAGCAUUAGGGGAAAAGGAAGAAGAGGUUGGAACACAGGGAGGAGAGUCACAACAGCCUCAAAUUGAUCCUAUUAUCGAUCAAGGUCCUGCUAAAAGAAUGAAGUUCUAAAGCUCAUCAAGAUUGUUUCUUCAUCUUCGCAUCUCAGAUAAAUAGAAUUCUUAGGUACUAGCAAAGACUCUUCUACUUUUUUUUUCUCUCAUCUUCUUAUUUGAACUCGUCACAGUAUUGUUUACCUGGUCACUUGUCAAAUUUUAUCUGAAAGUAAGUCAUCUCACAGCAAA